AUGAAGCUGAACAUGUCAAGCCUCAGAGUCGUGGUACUUGGAGCCGAAAAAGUAGGAAAAUCAGCGGUGACCGUGAGAUUUUUAACUCGAAGAUUCAUCGGUGAAUACAACUCUAACAUAGAUCUUCUAUACAAAUCCAGUAUAAAACAAGAAGACUAUAUGACAGAUAUAGAAAUCCUGGACACAUGUACAAAAAAGGACAGUACUACACUUCCAGCAGAUGGCCAAGUCACGUGGGCUGAUGCUUUCGUUAUUGUGUACAGUAUAUGUGAUAAGUGCUCUUUUGAAAGCGCAAAGCUGCUUCUGGAAACGGUCAGCAAACAGCGGUCAUCAUCGUAUGUUCCUACGUUACUCAUCGGCAACAAAACAGAUUUAGAACAUCGGCGGGAAGUAGGUGUCGACGAAGGCCACCAGAUGGCGCUUGAAUUUAAUUGUCAUUACUAUGAAGUGUCAGCAGCUGAGACCAACAUUACUAUUAGUAUCGCGUUUCAGGCAUUAUUGCGGGAGACAAAAAUUGUACAACAGAACAAACCUCUGUUAAAACGGCGACGAAGCUCGCUCGUAACUGUUUCACGAAAACUAGGAGCCAUGUUUGGCAAGAAGGACAAUGAAUUGGACAGAAGAAGGACAUCAGUUGAUAUUGCAAGUCCUAAGCUGACGUCAUGA